AUGGGGAAAGCAAUACCUGUGAUAGAGGUAGGAGAAAGCAGUAAUCAGACUCUUACUGCUGGUGACAGAAGCAUGCAUAAUGAGAAUUUAGGAGAGGGCAUUUUGCAAGGAGGUGUAUGCAAGGUUAAGGAAGGAAAGGCAGUAGUACUAGAAUUAUAUGAAAUUGGCAGUAUAUUUCUUAAUCGCAUGAAUACACCACAUAGUAAGCAAGUUAUUAUUGUUGGUGACAGAAGCAUGGCUAAUGAUAACUUGGGAGAGGGAAUUGCAAGGAGGUGUAUGCAAGGUACACUUCAGUGUACAAGUGCUACAUGUAUGGAAGACGGGUCUGGAAUCUCAGUUUGUGAGGUAUCUCAAAUCACGAAACAUAGUGAGGAGAUUAUUGUAGAAGGUAUAGCUGACAAUCCAAGACAUGCAGAAGUCGAGCUGCUAUAA